CUCCCACGCAGGAUGAGGAAGGAGCUGCUGGCUGUGAAGCUUCGGAACCGGCCCAGCAAGCAGGAGCUGGAGGACCGCAACAUCUUCCCUGUACGCAGCGACCAGGAGCGGCAGGAAAUCCGGCAGCAGAUAGAGAUGAAGCUGGCCAAGAGACUAAGCCAGAGGCCGGCGGUGGAGGAGCUGGAGAGUCGGAACAUCUUAAAGCAAAAAAAUGACCAGUCAGAACAGGAGGAGAGGAGGGAAAUCAAACAGCGACUGAACAGAAAGCUAAACCAGCGGCCAACAGUGGAUGAGCUGCGGGACAGAAAGAUCCUCAUUCGUUUUAGUGACUAUGUGGAAGUGGCCAAAGCUCAGGACUACGACAGGCGAGCUGACAAGCCCUGGACCAGACUGUCAGCUGCUGACAAGGCAGCGAUAAGGAAGGAGCUGAACGAUUUCAAAAGCAAUGAGAUGGAAGUUCAUUCUUCGAGCAAGCAUCUGACAAGGUUCCACCGGCCUUAGCAAGGUUUCUUCUGUGAAGAGUUGCUGAUAUCUGGUUCUGUCAGUGAAGACCUUGCGCGGGGUCUUCUAGCGCCCUGCCCCACAGUCAGUGGGUGUCCUGGUACCAGCAAACGUUUGGAGGCUAUGUCUCUAGAAAUGGAGCUGCCAGUAAAGGUGGAUGCAUGCAGCAAGCUCCACCUCUGCUCAGAGGAACAUGACCUUAACCCUCACUUCACCUUGUCAGACGAGCAGGAAGAAUUGAGGUCAUGCAUUCGCCAUAGACAAGCGGACUUUUUUUGUAAACAGACUCUUUUGAAUGACGUCCUUUUCGAUGCCACAGGGGGGAAACGUGCAUGUGACCAAUCGACCAGUCCCAGUCCAGUCUCGAUAGUCACAUCCUCAAGUUGUGUACGAGUCUCACUGAUUCAGUUGGAGAUGCGUUUCAUAUCAAUAGUGUAAACAGAAACCUUGUCUGUGUGAAAGACAAAAAUCCCUUUGUAAGCACUAUUUAUUGUAUGCACAAUACAGAUUUUCAAUUUGUAACAAA